CCAUGAUCGAGAAGGGCCCGGAGGUGUCGGGGAAGCGGCGGGGCAGGGCUAACAACCCCGCUGCCGGUGGUGGCGGCGGAGGUGGCGGCGGAGGGGGAGGCGGUAAUAACGGGAAUAACAAAAGUUUGGCCGCCGCCCCCAACGGGAACAGCAGCAGCAACUCCUGGGAGGAGGGCAGCUCGGGCUCCUCCAGCGAUGAAGAGCACGCCGGCGGCGGCAUGAGGGUCGGGCCGCAGUACCAGGCGGUGGUCCCCGACUUCGACCCCGCCAAACUUGCAAGACGAAGUCAGGAGAGAGAGAACCUCGGCAUGCUGGUCUGGUCACCUAAUCAGAAUCUCUCUGAAGCAAAAUUGGACGAAUACAUUGCCAUUGCUAAAGAGAAGCAUGGAUACAAUAUGGAGCAGGCUCUCGGGAUGCUGUUUUGGCACAAGCACAACAUCGAGAAGUCUCUGGCAGAUCUGCCAAACUUUACUCCAUUCCCAGAUGAGUGGACAGUGGAAGACAAGGUCUUGUUUGAACAGGCCUUCAGUUUCCAUGGGAAAACCUUUCACAGGAUCCAGCAGAUGCUUCCUGACAAAUCAAUAGCCAGCCUGGUGAAAUUUUACUACUCCUGGAAGAAGACAAGGACUAAAACUAGCGUGAUGGACCGUCAUGCUCGUAAACAAAAAAGGGAACGUGAGGAAAGUGAGGAUGAAAUGGAGGAAGCAAAUGGAAAUAACCCUAUUGAUAUUGAAGUUGAACAAAAUAAGGAGAGCAAAAAGGAGGUGCCACCUGCUGAAACCAUUCCUCAGGUGAAGAAGGAGAAGCACAGUACACAGGCCAAGAACAGAGCAAAGAGGAAACCUCCCAAAGGAAUGUUCCUCUCUCAAGAAGAUGUGGAGGCUGUUUCUGCCAAUGCGACAGCUGCUACCACUGUACUCAGACAACUGGAUAUGGAAUUAGUCUCAAUCAAGCGACAGAUUCAGAAUAUUAAACAGACAAACAGUGCUCUCAAAGAAAAACUUGAAGGUGGGAUAGAACAAUACAGACUUCCAGAGGUUGUUCAGAAAUUUAAUGCACGCUGGACCACAGAUGAGCAGCUUCUUGCUGUGCAAGCAAUCAGGAAAUAUGGCCGAGACUUUCAGGCAAUCUCUGAUGUGAUUGGAAACAAAUCUGUGGUGCAAGUGAAAAACUUUUUUGUAAAUUACCGACGUCGUUUCAACAUAGAUGAAGUUCUACAGGAGUGGGAGGCAGAGCACGGCAAAGAGGAGACAAAUGGAACCAAUAGCCAGAAGCCUGUAAAAUCCCCCGAUAAUUCCACUAAAAUGUCCGAAGAGGAAGAUGAGGCUACUUCUGUUCUUGAUGUCAGAUAUGCAUCUGCUUCGUGAGAAGGUGCUGUAGCCUAGAACAAUUUGUGUUGACUACUGUGUUAUCCAGGAUAUCAGGUAUUAGCAAACCUCAGACAGCCAUCUGCAUCAUAUCUGUGGACAAGCAGCUAUUACCAAAAAAAGGCAAACGCUUCCAGUCCUGUGCUACAUCUGCCUUAAUCUCCCCUCAUUCCUCCAUACUGCCUCCACUUUCUUUCAAAAGCACCCAGGUAGCUCAGCUCUCCAUUUCAUCAACGUCCUGCUUAAGCAUGAGGAUUUCUAGAACCAGUAACACCUGUCUGUAAUUUUGACCAACCUGCAAAACCAGGAGCUCCUGAGCAGGCCCCACAGUAACUCUACAUGUUAGGAGUUCUUAUAAUACUUGGUCCGUAGGGUAUGAGUACGUACUGCUGCAUGGCCUUGUGGUCUCCGCUUCCUGUGUAUUCUUAAGAUGACACUAUUGUUAGUGAGCUUUCUAUAAAGGAGAGGCCUGCGCACAUGCCAGUGGUGUCAGGUUUGUUCUGAAAUGACAGGGCAUGUUAACAUGCGAUCUUGAACAACGCAAAGCGAUAGGAAAUUCUAUUGCUAAGGUUUGGUCAGUCCAAGGUUGUAAAUGUAACUCAUUACACUUCUGGUUUGUGCAAUUCUUUCCACUGUAUUUGUGUGUUCUUGCUUCAUAGAAAGCUCCCUAAUUGAGCAUUUUUAUUCCUUUAUAUUUUAAUGGCUUUUAUUUAGUGCAAAAGGGAAUACGUAACCUGAAACUGUUUGAUAUGCUAUUUAACCCCUGGCAUUCAGCAUUUGCAUUGUAACUUGUUAAAUGAGUGCUACACAACUUUCUUUUUCCUGAUCCUCUGUGGGAUUAAGUCAAAGCAACUUUCUCUGGUGCCUCUCCUUUUUGGAAUAUGUGCCUUUUUACAUUUGGCUACCAUAGGUCACUUUCUGUCCCAGUGUCUCAUUCCUCUUCAGAGCGCUGUUAGCCAAAGACAUCAAACUACUUCUCCCAGUGGAAAUCUGGGCAAGGGUUGGAGCAUGAAAUUCAACCUUAAAGUAGUUUUUGGUCUCUUGGAAGUUCAAUGGAGAAGAACCGGGUUAAUUUCAUUGGCCAUUUAAACCCCUCUGAAGCACACAUUGCUUUCAUGUUCUGAACCAAAAUAUGCAAUUUAAAAUCUAAGAGGUGCUUUUCCAAAUACUUGGUGCAUGCAGCUUUCAGAUCCCCAGCCCUCUGCUCAGAUCUGUUCUGUGGCCUGUCCAGCUGGCUUGAACUGGAGCUGUUCUUGGAAGUCCUGCGUUAGGACUUUGCACCUUGAACAGGGUGGUUGACUGCUGAGCAGACAGUAUUUAGAGAAGCUAGAAGCAGCAGUAUUACUCUUCUCCUGAUGGGAAGCUGCAAGAUAACACUAGUCACAAAGCAUUUAAAAAUGGUUAAUUUAAUGAUGUGGUAAGAAACCAAUGGGUGUCUUUGCAGAUGGAAAAAGGACCUUUUUUGCACCUCUUCCUCGACAGAGGAUUCGAGCCAGGGUGGCACACAGCAGCGUGAAGCACCAGCCUCUUUUAACACAACCUGAUAUGAGCUAGCCCGCGUCCUGACCCGCAGCUGAGGUGCUGCAUCGGGGGCUGGCUCAGAACUUGGUGCUGAUGUUUGAGCUGCUGGGCCGUGCUGUGGUGUAUGCCAUGGUGGCUCCGUCCUCUGACCCUAAACCAACUAGGUUAAUGUCAGAGAGCUGUGACAGCACCUCCGUCUGUGUGGACACAACCCAAGAAAAGGCAGGGGAGCUUCCCUCAGUUACUGCCAAGGUUACAUCUUCCUCGGACCUUGUGUGGGGAAGGUGAUUCAGCAUCAGAAAUCAAGCUGUGACGCACAGGCGAAGGAGCAGAUGAGCAUUUCUUAGGGCAAGCUACAGUGUUCAGCCCAGAAGGGGCCUAUUUCAGCCGCUCCUGCAGCUAUUUCUGAGCAGCUUCAUUCUGGUAGCUCCAGAGAGAUCCUUUGAGGUGAUGAGGGGAUGGAAGGGAGCUAUUCCCUGUCCUCCGUUGGAGACCUGUAGUCACUUACGGUGACCCAAGUUUGUGGCAGCAUCUCUAUAGCUGUCUGUGUGACAUGGCAGCUCUGAGGGUGGACCUGCAUGCGUUCCUUCAGCCCUGCACCAGUUGGAGUUGGGAGCCUCCUGUGGGAGAGGACACUAAUCAUUAGCCAGUGUGAAUCGGGAUUAAAGCUGGGCAAAUAGCACUGCGAAUUCAGCUGGUAGUUCUGGUGGAAAGAAAUGCCGCUCAUUAGAAAUAUUCCAGCAUUAAACUUCUCGCUGGUAGGUCCACGCCAGUGGGAGAGGAGUGCGUAAACCUGAGUCCCAGCAGGUGAAAUUCUUCACGUAGGGCUUCUGCUGGCGAGUUAGUUACCUGUGAGGACUUCUCAUCGGUUUUUGCCCUCAAAUCUGUCCAUCUUACGAUCAGAAAAGUUGUGUUUUGGCUUCAUCCCCAAGGGGUAGGGGGAAACAUGUAUAAUUCAUGAUAUUAGGAAGAAAAAAGUUGUUAAAUUACUUCUCAGUUGACAGCUAUCUUAUUGUAGUCGAUACAUACAAUAUAAUAGCACUGUAUUUUAAACGUUUAGUUUUUUACAUUCUCUUUAACUAUGUUUUUAAAUGCGAUGAAAUCAUCUUAGCUUUUGAAAGUUUAAAUGGUUUGGUCUUGUUUAGGUGAAGACCCUCUCUUUCUUUUAUAAAUGGAUCAAGCAUUAGAUACAUCAACUGGUUGCAUUCUGAUUAGAAGGGUCCACAAAGAUAACUGCGUAAGAUAGAAUAUUCACUUAAAUUUUGUUUCUUAAACUAUCAAUGUGAAUGUCAUAAUUAUAUAUAUUUUGUGGAAAAUGGGAAAUUAUUUCUCCUAAGUAUAAGUUAUUGUGCAAAAUAUGGUAUCGUUAAAGAAAAUGAUAGUUUAAGUUUUAGUUUUUAGAAAUCUUAAAGAUAUAAAAGUGUAUUGCAUAUGCAUAAACAAAUUUCAUUUGUUCUAUUUAAUUUUUAUGUAGUUGUGUAAAGUGCUAGGUAACUUCUUUUUUCGCUUAUCCAUUAAAACAACCUUGUUACUUGAAUAUUCGUGUUUAACUGGUUUGAAACAGUGAUCAACUUUUGUAAUAUAAUCUUAUAACCAAGGGAAAAAAAAUACAUGCCUCAGUUGUGCUUAACAAUAUAGCAACAAUGUACAAUCAGAUGCUUAAGACCAUAGUAGCCAUAACUGGUAGUGCAGCCACAAUGGUUGUCUUGAUAUAUUUAAUACCAAUGGGGAUAACAAAAUCGUAAUAUAUUUUUACAAGUUUGCAACCAGGAAGACCCCAUAAAUAUUCACUAGAACACUUUUUUAAUAGUUACAGUAAGAGUAAAACUCUUAAUCUCUUAAAGCAAUGUCCUGACAAACAUUUUUCUUUCCUGUACAAAGACAUCUGAAACAUUAUGUAUUAAAAUAUGCUCAUUGUCACUUUAAAUUUCAGUUAUUAUUAUCUAAAUCGCUAAAAUGCUGUUGGUAUUCUUGCACACCAAAUAUGAGCCAAACAGUGCAUUACACUAACUUGAUCACUGGGUUUGUGAACAUAAAUCCCCAAGUCAGUGAAGCGCAAAAAUGUCCUAAGAGAUUUUUUUUCUGAUUACGCGUUUUUUCAGAUCUGUAUAAAAUUAUGCAUACCCCAUUCAAUGAUGAAUGGCCUGAUACUUACUCUUUAAAAAAAUAUAAAUAAAAUCAUUUUAUGAGCUCCAGCUUGUCUUCAGCAAGUCAAAAUCUAGUGAUCUUGUGCAAUGCCCCUGAAGCAAAUACUUUCUGCCACUCCCUGGAUUAAUGCAGCUUUUCCUGUUGAUAGUAAAGCACAAUUGCAGUGAAAGUUACAGUUCAGAAGAUGGAAGGUCAGUAUAGUCUAUGCAUGUUGUAUAAUAAUGAGUGUUUACAUUCAUAUUCUCCUAAAAUAAAAUUUAUACUGGAGUGUAUAGUAUUCCAUUAUGUAGAUUUUAUCAAUUUUGUUAACUGCUUAUAGAUUGCUUAAAAGAAGUUUUUUCAAGAUUUUAAAAGAUGUAUAAGGUUAAGUUUGCAAAUAUAAUGGAAAUGCUGUAUAGCUUUUGAAGUGAUAAAAUACUCGUUGGGAUUUUAAAGAAAGUAUGUUGUAAUAAUGCUGUUGUAAGUAAUAUUUUAAAUGUCUUUUUUGCCUGUUUUCUAUUAUUCAGCACACUUACUGUGAUGAAUGUUCAUAGCAUUAUAAAACUGCUUAGCCACUGAAAAGUAACAUUUGGUUUUGAAUUAUUUUACUGUAUGAGGAAUUAUAGUGGGGUAAAUUCCUUUGUGAAAUUCUACAUAAUUCAUUUUUCUAUGAUUUCCAAUGUUUGCUGACAUCAAAUAAAAUUUUUUCAAGCCAUUGAUGUAAUAAAAUAUGUAGUAAAACAUUA